AUUUCUCAACUAUUUUUAAAAACGAAAAAAAUUUAUUGUUUCCGACACGACUUCCUUAAACACUGCAAAUUAUCUUCAUUCGCGUGGGCUGAAAAUAAACGAAAUUCGCUCGUGCGCCGUAAAUAAAUAAUUUAACGCAUAAGGUCGUGUAUUUUCUUACAAGAGUGGUGUGCAGGUAUACAAAGUUUUAGUCAUUUUCAAACAUUCGCCUUGAGCGCAAGUGCCUCUAGUGUUCGGUUUAACCAAUUUGGUACCGAUUCUCGCCAGAAGCGGAAAAUUUGCGUGACUAUAGUAAAUAGGAAUUUGUUCGUCGGAAUCAUAAAACAAUUCCCCAGAAUCGAGAAGCAACAGCUGAGCACACCACUGACCGUGCAGCCGAAAUUACAAAGGCGUACAUAAACACUGCUAAAAUAUUACUCAAACUAAACGCAAAUCACAAAAGCUACAUUUAAUCAUCAUGUUAUUUAUGUGUCACCAAAUGGCGAUGAAGAAGGAAGCCAAUGACAAAUCGAAGGCCGCCGAACUUCGAAGAGCACAAAUCGGUGUUGGCGUACCAAUUGUCUGGAUUUUGGGCGGUCCCGGUUGCGGCAAAGGAACGCAAUGCGCCAAAAUUGUAGAAAAAUAUGGAUUCACACACUUGAGCUCCGGUGAUUUACUGCGCGCAGAGGUGGCCUCUGGCUCCGAUAAGGGUCGUGAAUUGGCAGCUAUCAUGAAAGAGGGAAAAUUGGUGCCAAACGAAGCUGUCUUAUGCCUGCUAGCCAAAGCCAUUGCCGAUCACAAGUGCGACUCGAAGGGCUUUCUAAUUGAUGGUUACCCACGCGAAAAGGAUCAAGGCGCAGCUUUUGAACGUCAAAUUGCACCAGCGGAUCUGAUUAUCUACUUUGAUUGUUCGGAUGAUGUUAUGGUCCAACGUAUAAUGGGACGUGCGGCUGCUUCCACAGAAGUGCGUGCCGAUGACAAUGAGGAAACCAUUAAGACUCGUCUGGCCACCUUCAGAACAAAUACAAAUGCCAUUCUAACCCAAUACAUCGAGAAAACGAUAACGCUCAACGCCGAACGUUCCGCCGAUGAUAUUUUCGUGGAUGUGCAACGCGCUCUGGAUUGUUUGAUACAGAAGAAGGCGCAGGCGGUUGCAUGCGCCUAAUCAAUGACUCACCAACAACCACAAAAACAAACAUACAUACAAAUGUAUAUGCAUCAAUUAUUUAUUUUAUAAUUAAUUUACGUGAAUGCACCUAGAUAUAGAUAUUGUAGCACAAUUCAAACACGCAUACCUGUCUACAAAUGAUAUUAGCUAAUAAUAAAAGCCAAAGAACAACAAAAAAUACAGUAUACCUUCAAGCUACUUAAACACCUUAAA